UUUUGCGCAUGCGUAAACACAUUCGUUCACACACGUGAAGUGUUGAUCCUUCAAUGUAGUAACCAGAUUCUUGUAUUUAUGGAAUUUACCUGUUAUCUACAUUUCAUUUCUUACUGUUUUGCACAAUGAAAGUAAAAGUGCUUUCCCGAAAUCCGGACGAUUAUGUUCGUGAAACGACAAGGGACAUACAUCGUGUUCCCAGGAACUACGACCCAACCCUUCACCCGUUUGAGGUGCCCAGAGAAUACACUAGGGCCCUGAAUGCCACCAAGCUGGAGCGUGUGUUCGCCAAACCCUUCGUGGGAUCUUUGGACGGACAUAGAGAUGGCAUCAACUGCAUGGCCAAACACUCCAAGAGCCUGUCUAUUCUACUAUCAGGGGCCUGUGAUGGAGAGGUGAAACUGUGGAACCUAUCAAAGCGUGAGUGCGUACGCACUGUGCAAGCUCACGAAGGCUUCGUCAGAGGAAUAGCAACCCGAUUCUGUGGCACGUCCUUCUUCACGGUUGGUGAUGACAGGACAAUCAAACAGUGGAAGAUGGAACCUCCCGGCUAUGGAGAACAGGAGGAACCUCUUAACACAAUCCUUGGCAAGGCUGUGUUCACUGGCAUUGAUCAUCACCAGCAGGGGGAGACGUUUGCCACCUGCGGCCAGACGGUGGACAUCUGGGACGAGCAGAGGACCACCCCUAUCCGCAGCUUCUCCUGGGGAGUGGACAGCUUUAGCUGUGUGCGCUACAACCCAGUAGAGACUGAGCUGCUGGCUAGCUGUGCCUCAGACAGAAGCAUAGUGCUGUAUGACAUGAGGGAGGCCACUCCUCUCAAGAAGGUGAUCAUGAAGCUGAGGAGCAACACCCUGUGCUGGAACCCCAUGGAGGCCUACUACUUCACCUGCUCCAAUGAAGACUACAACCUGUACACCUAUGACAUGAGGCACUUGGACACCCCUGUGACGGUUCACAUGGACCACGUCUCUGCGGUGCUGGAUGUGGACUACUCCCCCACGGGGACGGAGUUCGUGUCCGCCAGCUUUGACAAGAGUAUCCGCAUCUUCCCCAAGGAUGGCGGCCACAGCAGGGAGGUGUACCACACCAAGCGCAUGCAGCACGUCAUCUGCGUCCGCUGGUCGGCCGACAACAAGUACAUCCUGAGCGGCUCGGACGAGAUGAACAUCCGCCUGUGGAAGGCCGACGCCUCGGAGAAGCUGGGAGUGCUCACGGGCCGAGAGAAGGUAACUCGCGACUACAACCAGAAGCUGAGGGACAAGUUCCAGCACCACCCGCACAUCCGCCGCAUCGCCCGCCACCGCCACCUGCCCCACGACCUCUACAAGCAGCGGCGCGAGAUCAAGGAGAUGAAGGACGCUCGUCGCAGGAAGGAAGUGAACGUGAGGAAGCACAGCAAGCCGGGUUCCGUCCCCGUGGAGACCGAGAAGGAGAAGCACGUGGUGGCUGUGGUGGAGUAGGAAGCAGGGCUGCAGAGAGGCUCUCGCUCUGUUUUUGGAGAAUUCCUUCACACACACACACACUGUGGGAUGGGCCCUUUGAGGCUUGACUGAGACUUUGUAUGCUGAGAGAAGGACAUUCAGCAGAACGUGUUUUGCCUCAGAUAAAAAUCUCCAGCUCAUCUUUUUUCAGAGAUGUGUCGGAGGAGAGGGAACAGGAUUUAGACAAUUAUGAGGACGUGGUCGGAUUGUGUAAUUUGCAUACCUUCAGAAAUCUAUGAUGUGAGGUUGAAAAACUUAUUUGAUAUGCAUGUGCCAUUAAAAUUGUGUUUGAUACUUGUG